AUGGCAACAUCGGACAACACAGACGAUAUUAAUUUACAAAAUUUAAAAGUCGAAGAAUCGACUGCUCCACAAUCGGAAGCAACUAGUGGUGCGGCAUCUACAGACAAAGCAGCUAAAUCAAAAAAAGAAAAACCAAAACAAGAAAAGCCUAAGCAGGAAAAGCCUAAACAAGAAAAACCUAAACAGGAAAAACCUCAGGCUACUGCAGAAGCACCUGUAGAAGAACUUGAUUUUAAUCGAUCACAAGAAGAAGUUGUACAAGCUUUGGAUCAAUGGUCAAAAAAACCAUCGACAUUAAAUAAACCAAAACCUGAUGAAAAGAUAACACCAAAAGCUGAUGCUCGAAAUAUUAUGAUAACAAGUGCUUUACCUUAUGUUAACAAUGUACCUCAUUUAGGUAAUCUUAUUGGAUCUUUAUUAAGUGCCGAUGUUUUUGCUCGAUAUUGUCGUUUGAGAAAUUAUAAUACUUUAUAUAUUUGUGGUACUGAUGAAUAUGGUACAGCAACUGAAACAAAAGCAUUAGAAGAAAAAUGUACACCACGAGAAAUUUGUGAUAAAUAUUAUGAUUUACAUACAAACAUUUAUAAAUGGUUUCAAUUAGAUUUUGAUUUUUUUGGACGAACAUCAACCCAAAAACAAACUGAAAUUGCUCAAGAUAUUUUCUGGAAAUUACAUAAACGAAAUCUUAUUUUUAAUCAAAGUGUUGAACAAUUAUAUUGUGAUAAUUGUCAACGUUUUCUGGCAGAUCGUUAUGUAGCUGGUAUAUGUCCAGAUCUAGCAUGCAAAUUUAUUGAUGCUCGUGGUGAUCAAUGUGAUAAAUGUGGAAAAUUAAUUAAUGCUGUUGAUCUUAUUGAUCCAAAAUGUCAAAUUUGUCGUAGUACACCAGAAAUUAGAAAAUCAGAACAUCUAUUUCUUGAUUUACCAACAUUAUCAUCCGAUGUUCAAUCAUGGUUUCAAAAAUCAAGUACAACUGGUCAUUGGACAAAUACAGCAACUGCAAUUACUGAAGCUUGGCUUAAUGAAGGUCUUAAACCACGUUGUAUUACACGAGAUCUUAAAUGGGGUACACCAGUACCUUUAGAAGGUUAUACAGAUAAAGUUUUUUAUGUAUGGUUUGAUGCACCAAUUGGUUAUAUAUCAAUAGCAGCAAAUUAUACUGAUGAUUGGGAACAAUGGUGGAAACAACCAAAUAAAAUUGAAUUAUUUCAAUUUAUGGCUAAAGAUAAUGUACCAUUUCAUUCUGUUAUCUUUCCAGCUUGUCUUUUGGGAACACAAGAUAAUUAUACAAUUGUUAAUCAUCUUUCGGGCAUAGAUUAUCUUAAUUAUGAAGAUUCAAAAUUUUCUAAAAGUCGUGGUGUUGGUGUAUUUGGUGAUCAUGCUCAACAUACAGAAAUUCCUUCUGAUAUUUGGAGAUUUUAUCUUUUAUAUGUUCGACCAGAAACACAAGAUAGUGUAUUUUCAUGGGCUGAUUUAAUGUCAAAGAAUAAUUCAGAAUUAUUGAAUAAUCUUGGCAAUUUUAUCAAUCGAGCUAUUGCUUUUUGUGAAAAAAAUUUGGCUGGUAAAAUAAGUGAUGUUAAUCAAUUAGAAACACCAUUAGAUCAAUUAUUUGUUGCUCAAAUAACUUAUGAAUUAAAUGCUUAUUUAGAAGUUAUGGAAAAGACAAGACUUCGUGAUGGUCUUAAAUGUGUUUUACGUAUGUCUCGUUAUGGUAAUCAAUAUUUACAAUUAAAACAACCAUGGGCUAAAUAUAAAGGUUCUGAUGCUGAUAGAAGAGAUGCUGAAAUAAGUAUUGCUCUUGCAUUAAAUCUUGUUUAUUUGCUUUCUUUGGUUCUUCAACCAUUUAUGCCAACAACAUCAGAUGAAAUUCGACAACAACUUAAUAUUAACGAAAGUGUUUAUGCAUUAGAGAAUGCUUUUCGUUGUUAUUUACCAGCUGGUCAUACUAUUGGACAAGCUAAACCAUUAUUUAAACGUAUUGAAAAAGCUUUAGUAGAAGAAUAUCGUUUACGUUUUGCUGGUCAGAAGAAAUGA